AUGCCCAAGGAGGCUGUGCUGGAGUAUGGCAAAUGCCCCCAGUGCUCCAAGAUGGACUGGAGCACCUGCAUCAACCGCCUCACCAAAGUUCAGAAGAUAAUGCACUGUGAAAGCCAGCAGAGGACGCACAAGGCAGCACAGUCUGAAGUUCAGCCCAAGCCUGAGACCACCUCCGCUCCCAUCAAGGAACCAAAACCGGAGGAAGACCCAGUCCCCACUCUGCCCCCACCUCGGCUCUCUACUACCACACCUGUCUAUUCAUCCACCAUGCCAGUGUUGUUCACCAUUCUCUCCCCGCCCCCAGCGCAGACAGGGCCCAAUUCCAGCUUCCCAAAAGACACGUUCCUCACAACUUGCUAUUCAGCAGUCAGCUGACUCCACCCCAUCCAUGAGCCAAUCAGGUUCCCACAUGCUGACUUCCAGCUCCCGCAAACGACACCAUUUCUCAUCAUGCUGCUCCAAGCACUCCAAACGGAGCCGCAGUAGCCACCGGCGGAGGCGCUCUCCAUCCUCCUCGUCUUCCUCCUCCUACUGGAGCUCUGAAGAUGGCUUCUGCCCCUCGGGAAAGUGGAGGAGGUCUCAGAGGGAGUCGCGGCAGGCUGUCCGGUCAGAGAGGAGACAUGGGGAGGUGGUUCAACAGAGACUAGAGGCCCAGCAACAGGCCAUCCAGCUACAGUGGGCCAUUCUGGAGAAGCGCAUUGAGGCUCUGGAGAGGAAAGGUGCAGAAGCUGUUGUGUCGUUCCCCACUUCAGCCCAAACUAUACAUCUUCAUGCCUCCAUCCCUCAGGCAUCCACCUGCUCUCAGGAAAGCAAGCAGCUGGUGACUGAAUCUAUCUCCCGUAACAUUGUGAAGCAGGAAGAGGAGCCUUCCUCCAUCUCAUCUGCCAUGAGACCUCUCAGUGAUGGAGAUGGUGAAGGGGAGGAUGCCUCUCUGUCAACUGUAGCCCCCUGUAGCUCAGUUGGUAGAGCAUGGCGCUUGCAACGCCACGGUUGUGGGUUCGUUUCCCACGGGGGGCCAGUAUGAAAAUGUAUGGACUCACUAACUGUAAGUCGCUCUGGAUAAGAGCGUCUGCUAAAUGACUAAAAUUUAAAACUGAUGGUCCUAUCUCGAAACAGGACUUACUGGCAGCUAAGGAGCUUCAGAGCCUCAUAGCACGAGCCGCCAAGUAUCUUGUAUCUUGGCAUAGACUUCAUCAGCACACCAACCAGCUCCAGCCCACCAGACCCUACCAUGGUUCCAUAGUUUGAGGACCUGGUCUAGAGCUCUUGGCCAAACCCUGCCAGCUUGAAGCCGUACAGGGAGCUGUUCUCCAAGAUGUACAGGCUUCACGACUGCCAGUCUCCAGCCUACAACCAGAUGACUCAGGUCAACUGCUUUACAAGGAGGCGCCGAUCUCGGCUGAGCGAUGGUGUUUCACUGAGACUCUAGUAGAGAGGAUGUACCAGACUGCUGGCAUGCUUGCCAAGAUGGCCAACUACCUGCGCUACCUAUCCGACUACCAGAGGAGGCUGCUGCUGGAGAUCACUGAGGAUCGUUCAGCACAGAGUUUUGUGGCGGUCCUCAAUGAGCUGAAGGUCAUUGGCCAGUUCACCCUCCAGCUGUCCUCCCACCAGGCUGAACUGUCUGGAAGGGUCCUGGCUUCUUCUGUAGCCAUCAGAAGACAGGUCUGGAUGGCCAAGAACAACUACACAGACUCUCUGAAAGCCACUGUGGCUGACCUUCCACUUGUGGUCAGUCACACCUUUGGGAUCAGCUCAGCUUCAGGCUCUAGCUCGACUGGAAUGUUGUGCAAACAGGAACCGUAG